GGCCGUUCAGUGCUUAGGGUAAGUGUAUUUUCCCAUAAAAUAAUCUUAGUCCAUCACUGGAAUUGUACAUAAAGAGCGACAUGUUUUUAGCAGAGAUGUCUAUCGGUACACAUCUAAGAGUCAGCUGAGUCAUCAGUUCCCUUAUUUCUUUUGGAUGUGAAAGAAAACACAGAUGGGCAAGUUUAUGAAACCAGGCAAGGUGGUGAUGGUACUGGCCGGCCGCUACGCUGGCCGCAAGGCUGUCAUUGUCAGAAAUAUUGACGAUGGCACCUCUGAUCGCCCUUACAGCCAUGCCCUAGUAUCUGGCAUUGACAGAUAUCCUCGCAAAGUCACCACCACCAUGGGCAAGAAGAAGGUUGCCAAGAGGUCCAAGAUCAAGGCCUUUGUGAAGGUGUACAACUACAACCACCUCAUGCCUACCAGAUACUCUAUUGAUAUUCCUCUGGACAAAACUGUCGUCAACAAGGACGUGUUCAGGGACCCUGCUCUGAAACGCAAAGCCAGGCGGGAGGCAAAGAUCAAGUUUGAAGAGAGAUACAAGACAGGCAAGAACAAGUGGUUUUUCCAGAAGCUCAGAUUCUAAACCAGCUAGUUCUUUAAUAAAUGUGUAAAAUACAA